AUGGCACUCAUACUAAAAGGAGCCGUUAAAUUAUACUACUACCUAAAUGAUGAUAUUGCUGAUCAGAGAGUUCAAGAUUGGCCCUUAAUGCGAACACCUUGGCCGGGGCUGGCUUUAUUAGCAGUUUAUUUAUUGACUGUAUUGAAAUGGAUACCUAAUUAUAUGGAAAAGAGACCAGCCUACGACCUGCGCAGGUUAUUGUUUGUGUACAACUUCAUACAGGUGUUGUUAUGUAUGUACGUUACUUAUCAGAGUCUCAGAUUAGGCUGGUUUAGCCACUACUCAUUAUUCUGUCAACCCUUAGAAGAAGAUACACCAGAAGGCUAUGAAUAUGCUUGGAAAGUCUGCUACAUUUAUUUCUGCAUUAAGCUCACUGAUCUCUUGGAUACGUUAUUUUUCGUAUUGAGAAAAAAGCAAAAUCAAGUAUCAUUUCUACACGUGUACCACCACUGUGGCAUGGUUGCAGUGUCGUGGGGUAUGGUGAAGUGGUUGCCAGGCGGACAUACUUCUCUAUUGGUGCCAGUUAAUUCAACAGUACAUAUAAUAAUGUACACAUACUACAUGCUGACGACUUGGGAUGAUUCCUACAAGAAGUCGCUGUGGUGGAAGAAACAUGUAACUCAAAUACAGAUUUUACAAUUCACACUUCUACUGAUACACUUCACGGCGCUGGUUUUGAUAGAGGAUUGUCCUUUCCCGCGAGUGCCUUCAUACAUUCUUAUACCACAGAAUCUCUUCAUGGUAUUACUAUUCGGUGACUUCUACUACAGAAGUUACAUCAAAACCCCAACAGUCAAAAAUAAAUGA